AUGAUAUAAGAAUUUUGUUAGAAUGAGGGUCACGAUAGCGAGGAACUAUUAUAUGUUUGUAAUGAAUUGAAAUGUAUUGAUUUAAUUAGUAACAAACUGAUCUGUUAAAAAUGUUUGUGUGUACAUAAUGGGGUGAGUUAUAAAAAAUUAAAGGAGAAAGCCUUUAAAAACUAUAAUUAAUAUAUUGAAAUGUUGUAAAAUGAUAUUGAUGAAAAUGAAACGUUGAAAAAAAGCAUAGAGGAAUCUCUGAAAGAGUUAUAAGGAAAGAUUAUGAAAAUGCUUUCAAAUUUCUAAAAAAAUAUUUUCACUUUUGUUGAUCAAUAAAAUUAAAGAUUACAAACAAAUAAAAGUUAAGCAUAAUCAUUGAUGCAAGAUCAAAAUCCAUCACUUGACUCCUAUAUAUUUUUUGCUAAGUUUUCUGAUAAAAAGGCAAAAUAGAAAUAGGAAACCACAAAAUAACAAAUUAAAGCAAUUGUUACUGAUUUAAUAGAUGAUCUAACUAAAAAAAUAGAAUAUCUCAAGCAGCCAGAUGUUAAUGAAUAUAAAAUUAUUGAAUUUGAACUACAAUCAUUUGAAAUAAAAUCAAUUUUAAAGAAAUAACUUCCUUAUAGCUAUUGCGAAGAACAUUGCUCGAAUAACACUUCAAUAUGCAUCAACACUAAAUGUUUAGAAUAAAAUAAUUUAGACUAUCAUUGUUUAAGAUGUAGCAAGACUUCUCAUGUCGAAGAUUUUAAAAAUAAUUAUUUAGUGGAAUAUGAUAAAUUGAAAAAGGAUUAGAAAAUAAUGUAAAAUUUUGUAGUGAAUAAAAAAUAAUGUAUUAAAGAAUAUGCUUAAAAAUUAGCAAAUAAUUUAAUUAAUCAAAUAAGAAUUGAGCAAAAAGAAUAAUAAUCAAAAUAUGAAAUAGCCAUUGAAAAUAUCAAAAGUAUUCAUCAGUAAUUUGAAAUUAAUUUAUCAGUUUAAGACAAUAAAUAUGUGUUUGGAAAUUUAAUAUUAUAAUUUAUAACAACAAAGUAAGAAAAAAUUGAAUUUUAAUUAAAUUAAGUAUAAUAAAAUUUUGAAGAAAAGCUAAAAUGGUGAAGCAAAAAUUCUUAGAAUAAUGCGGAUUUUUACAACAGAAAUAAGACCAAAUUUUGAAACUUCAAAUUUGCUAAAAAGAAUUAAAAGAAGUAAUAGAUCAAAUAGACUAAAUGAUAAAAAGCUACUCUUCAGAAAAUAUGUUAAAUUUGAUAUUAAGAGAAAUAUAGGAAAUUAGAAAAGAUAAGAAUGAAAUACAAUAUUUAUAAAAUGAGAAUCAAAGCUUAAUAUAGAUAAUUGAUAAUUUAUAAGGGUAAAUUAAUAGUUUAAUCUUAAAAAAUAAAAGUUAAGAGAAUGCCUCUGAUAAUUUACUGACAAAUAUUGAUAAUUUAAAAUAGAACAACUAAAGUUAAUAGGUGACUAUAAAGGAUAUAUAGAUAGAAAUUGAUAAUUUGAAAUAGAACAUUUCAAGUUAACAGGUGACUAUAAAGGAGAAAUAGAUAGAAAUUGAUAAUUUGAAAUAGAACAAUUCAAGUUAACAGGUGACUAUAAAGGAUAAAUAGAUAGAAAUUGAUAAUUUAAAAUAGAAUAUUACAAGUUCCAUAAGUGACUAUAAAGGAUAAAUAGAUAGAAAUUGA